AUGGGUUGUGGGAAAACCUAUAUCGCUGAGCAAUUCAUCAAAAGUUUGCCUACUGCUAGUGUUACAGUAUGUAUCACAUUCCGUAUAUCUUUGGCAAAGUACUUAGCUGAAAGGUUGAAUCUAAAUUGCUACCUUGAUCAAGACAUAUGGUCACCACAAAGUAGUGACAAA